AUGUAUUACUUUCCUUAAAGAGUUAAAAAUAUUAGCCUACUUUAGAAUUUAUCUGAUCUUUUGGAAAGCUUAAUAGAAAAAAAUGUUAUGGAAACUAAUUAAGACUCUGUAUUUAAUUCUGGGACUACACCUGAGAUUAGCCUUGAGAAUUAUUUAAUGAGAAUUCAAAGACAUGCGAGAUGUAGUGAAGAGUGCUUUGUUAUUGCUUUAAUAUAUUUGGAUAGAAUUUAGGAAAUAAAUCAAGAAUUUUAGUAUACGGAGAAAAAUAUACAUAGGUAUUUAAAGAUCAUUUAGUUUAGAUGUUUCAUUAUUGCUGUUGUUUUAGCAAUAAAGUAUUAAGACGACGAAAUUUUUAAGAAUGAUUACUAUGCUAAAGUAGGAGGCAUUUCAAUCUAAGAGUUAAAUGAUAUGGAAGAGAGCUUUCUAAAUUUAUUAGAUUUUGAAUUGUUUGUGUACCAUGAGACCUUCUCAUUAUAUUUAACCGAAAUAAAUGAGUGGACUAGAUCAUAGAAUUCCAUUAACUUUAAUAUAUGA